GUUCAGCGGACGUCGGCCCAGUCCGGCCCGAUUUAGGGAAGGCAGAAAACCGUGUCGCCCUGCGCCGCCGCCGCCGCCGCCUCUCUUCGGCUCUACGCUGCGCUGCUCACCCCUACCAAACAACUGAAGGAGCCUCCUCUUCGGAGGGAGAUGGUGCUGCGGCGUGUGGCCGCGGCGGAGUGCCCGAAGAAGGUUGCAGGCCUGGUGGACCUGGUGAACCUGCCGACCGCGCUGCGUGAGUUCGCUGGGGGCCGGUCCCAGAUGUCCCACCUCUCAUUCUUCCUCCACGUCUGGUCGCACAUCAAGGACAAAAACCUCCAGGACCCAACAAAUAAGAAUAUUGUGAACUGCGACGACAAGCUGAAGACUGUACUAUUGGGCAGGUCUAAAGUGGAACUCUCUGAACUCCCAAUGAUUGUUAAGCUUCAUUUCCCAAAAGUUCCAAAGUCAUGACAACAUUAAUUUAGAGCAGCAGGUACGAAACAUUUGCUCUCAUCUUACAACAGUGAGUACCUGCCUUUUAUUAGAAGACACGCAUUAAGAUUCGAACCUGUGAAAGAGUUACUGGGUAAUUUAAUUGUAGUUGCACACUGAGCUUUCCCCCCUUUGUCAACAUAAGCCCAGGUGUUUUGGCUAGUGGAAAGACAAGAGAAUGGCUGCUUGUGCUACCAUCUUAUUUUGUGCUAUUUGUUUCUCCAGACUUAAAAAUUUUUUGGAUGAGUGUUCGGAAUAUUAAAUUAUCCAAAUGGAGUAAUUUUCAUACUUUUGGAGCAAUAAAAUUCACACAUUUUGAUCUAGAAAUUGAUUAAUGUGGCAGGAAUUAAUAUUCUUUUUUUGGUUCAUUUUGCCACUAGAUAGGUAAAAAAUUGAAAACGCUGAAUAAAAUAUUCAUAUUCAUCACAGCAGAUAACGAUCCCAAUUUGGUAUGGAUGAGAGUCUGCCAUACAGACAGUGGAACGUUAGCACACUAGCUCAGUAUCUCAGUGUGGGAUAAUUUUCUUUUUCCUCUUGAUACUGCUUCCCUUAGAGACCUGGACAUCCUUGAUAUUGUUACAUGCCUACCAUUUGUCUUCAAGGUUGAGCAGAACUUCUCUUUGGCUGACUGGAUAGCCAGAUACUCCAUCUGAUAAGACAAUGGAGUGGCACCAUUAUUGGUACCACUUCCAUUUAUUUUACAGCAGAGAAACUAGUUGUGGUUCUGUGUUUGUACCUGUUUAAACAUGUUUACACCCAGAAACAUGUCGAGAAAUGCUCUUUAGUACCACUCUGACAUGCAAUUCUGCGCCACUGUCAAAUCAUUGCCUAUGUUUCUAAAUGUGCCACUGUUCUAAAAUUGAAGGAAAACUUAUGGUAUGCUGCAAUCUAUAUUAUCUAUUUAAGUCGAGUCUGAGGGAAUGAUAGUGAAGGCUUUGAGGCUUUGUUCCUGGGUACAGUUCAGUUUGAACCAAGCAAACUCAUUUGGAGAACUUGGGCGCCGAGGAAGUGCAAGUUUUUCCUCUGGUUGGUGGCGCAUAACCGCUGUUGGACUGCUGAUAGACUCGCUAGGCGUGGUCUUCCCCAUCCAGAGCAAUGCCCCUUUUGUGACCAGGAGGUUGAGACAAUUCAGCACAUCCUGUGCUCAUGUGUUUUCUCCCGGCAAUUCUGGCAAGAGCUGCUGUGCCACUUUACUGUCCUAGAUGUUGCACCGCUAGCAGACUCAGGGAGUUUUUUUGACUGGUGGCAACAAACAAGUAUCACAUUCACCAAAGAAACUAGGCGCGGCUUUAAUUCUUUGGUCGUGUUGGGGGCUUGGAUCCUUUGGAAAAUAAGGAAUGAUAUAGUGUUCAAUGGUGCCUCGCCUAGAAUAGACAGGGCGCUUCUCCUUGCUAAGGAGGAAGCUGCCUUCUGGAUGUUGGCAGGCGCCAAAGAUCUAAGUGCCAUGGUCGCUACUCGACCUGGGGGUAGUAGGUUGAUGUCUUUGCGGGUUGGCCGUCCAAAUUUCUGAACGGGCGCUUUUGUACUUUUUCCUCCUAGAGUGUGUGUGUGGUGUGUGUUUUGUUUUGGCCUUUUUUCGGCCUUUGUCUUCUUCUUAAUGCAAUGAUACGCAGUUCUCCUGCGUAUUCCAGAAAAAAAGAUAGUGAAGGCUUUAAUUUAAAAUUGUCUUUUAAGCUCUGUAUCUUUGCUCUUGCAGUUAUCUUCUUUCACAUGUAUCGUUGUAUUGAUAAAUGCCCAUAUGUGAUUUUUCAAGCUGUUUGUGUGAAAGUAUCCCGAU